AUGACAUCAAAAAAUAAUAUACAUAAUAUCAAUUAUUUUAUUAAUUUUAUAUUUAAAUAUACAACUACAAACUUUAUUUUAAUUACUUUAUUUAUUCUUUUAUUUUGUCGAAAAUCAUCGAGAGACCUUUUAUUACUUCCUCAGCCUUAUAUAAAUGUUCUCAUUGUUUGCUUAACUUUUAUAAUUUUGCUUGCAAAGCAGCCUUUUUAUACCAAACAUUUUAUUUUAACAAAUUCAUUGUCUGUUUGGUUGGGUGAUAUUUCUUAUGUUUGGUAUUUGAUACAUUGGCCCACAAUUGUUUUUGUUAAAUAUUUGGUUUUGUUAGAUUAUUUUUCGUUUACAUGUGAGUAAACAAUUUUUAUUAUCUCUAGUUUAAUCCGAUUAAUGGUGUAUUAGAUACAGUUGAAUCUCGACUAUUCGAUCAGUUGAAAUGGUGCCAAGUUUGUGUCGCAAACCCAAUUUAUAGCUUAUCUUGCUCUCAUUUUAAGAGGUUGAACAUCUUCCAACCUCAUAUAAGAGGUUGAACAGCCUUUUUAUACCAAACAUUUUAUUUUAACAAAUUAAUUGUCUGUUUGGUUGGGUUCCAAGUGAUUCUUUGAGAUUAUGGGGGAGCGUGCACUCUUGUUAAUCAUUUUUAUAACUUGUUAGACCAACUCUUAAGCAGGGUUAGCGACCCAGUCUUGUCAUCAGCGGGCCCGGAUUGUGAUUCUUACCAGGACAGAAUACUUUUGACCUUUCUCCUCUGUCUACAUUCUAGUGAUGUUCG